ACUUUUAGGAGGACUCGAGCACAAUUUCGGGAGAUGUCAGCACCCAGUAACUCGCAUCAGCAGGCGAGGGUCAGACGCAACAACGGGGGUUCCCCCGGGUCGUUCACCAGCAACAGCUGCCGUCUGCAUCCCAUCCGUGCCACCGUGCCUUACCAGCUGCUGCGAGGGGGUCAGAGCAGCCCUCCGCGACCGCAGGCGCUGCUUGUCGCGGCCACAAACAGCCGUGGCUCAAGCCCCCCCUCCAGCCCGACGCUGAGUUCAGGAAGUGCAAACGCUAAACAGAGACUGUCCCCCGAUAAUAAGGACUCCUCCUGUUCGCCGGACUCGCCAGUUUUCAGAGCAGAAAGGCCCAAAUUACAGGUUCGCAGUUCCAGUGCCAUUCGACGAACAUCUUCUCUGGAUGCCGUCACAGGACCAUAUCUCACCGGACAAUGGCCUCGGGACUCACAUGGAUCCUAUCCUUCCUGUAUGAAAGACAAAGCCACACAGACUACAGGUGUCUGGAUUGAUGAUGGUGCAGAGCAGGGAAAUCCUCACCAGCGUUCAGCCUCUUGGGGUAGUGCAGACCACCUUAAAGAGAUUGCUAAAUUGAGACUGCAACUCCAGCGCACCAAACAAGUUACCAGGCACAACAAAGACAGAGAGCAGAGCUCAUUGCUGCCACCUCCACAACAAGCCCAGCACUGCACUGCAUGCCAACCUCUGUACAAGGGAACUUCAACAUGCAUGAUGUCGACAAUUCCUGUGCCAAAACCUCUCAUAGCCAGAGUGCCCAGCAGUGUGGAGGGCAUCAACCAUGAACUAGAAAAUGUGUUUAUCAGAGAGGACUUAGAGCAAGGCAUACAGGCUAUGGAUGUGUUGGAUGGCCGCCGUGCACCCUUCCCUCCACAUCGCUGCAGCAACAACGGGGAAACGCGUGACACAGACACACAGGCCCCUUCCAGUGGUGAGUCCAGCCCAUCGCCCCGCCCCUGCAGCUCAGACCAUCUUCACUCCCAUGAUGGAAGCCCAUGCUCUGCAGAAGAAAUCGACAAAGACAGUGUGUGCAGUUCUCCACUUCCAAAAUUUGCCACUUCUCCUAAACCUAACAACAGCUACAUGUUCAAACGGGAGCCUCCAGAGGGUUGUGAGAGGGUGAAAGUGUUUGAGGAGUUGGUGUCUCACAAAUCAAAAGGCUUCCCUCUCUUCUCAUGCCCUGACAAAAACAAGGUAAACUUCAUUCCCAGAGGUUCUGCAUUCUGCCCUGUCAAACUCCUUUGCUCCUCCCUCUUCUCACCCAUCUCCUCAUCAUCAUGCUCCUCCGCCAGUCUUGGUCUCCAUGGCAAUGACAACCUGGGGCCUCAGGUGACCCCAGCACUGCCCAGUGCAUCUCCACCAACCUUUAUGGUACCUACUGACCGGAGCACAACCUCAACCACAGGCAUAAGCACAGACAGCCAGGGCCCUGAUCCAGAUUUGGGAAAAGAUGGCUCAGCAAAACUACUUCUUACCAGCUAGUCUUUAAGUAUACAUGACCAAACCACCUAAAGUGAAA